AUGCUUACAAUAUUUGCCAUUAUUGCUGGAUUUGUUUGUAUUAUCAGCCAGCAUUUGUCAAGUAGUUCCAUUGUUUUAUCGAAAAAUAUAUCUCGUCUGCCUAUUAUGAUGGAGUAUUUUAUCGAUCAAGAAAAAUACUUUUAUUUAAUUUUGUUGCACAUCUACGCAAUUAUAUAUAUCGGAGGAAUUACGAUGUUAGCAGUAGGAACAUUGUUUCUUACGUAUUUUCAGUAUGUCUGUGGAAUGUUCAAAAUUGCUGGCUAUCGUAUCGAGCACGCAAUAAACAUGAAUAUUCAACAAAAUAUUACGCCGAAGAAUAACAUUUUGAUGAGCGAAGGCAUAAUUUGUGCCGUCGAUAUUCACCGACAAGCUAUGAAAUUGUCCAAACAUUUGUUGUCUAUAUUCGAAGUAAUGCUGUUUUAUUUAAUAAUAUUUGGCGUGGCUUGCUUAACCCUAAAUCUGUUUCAAGUAAGUUUUCUGUUUCAUAUUGUAAUAUGUGAAAAUUCGUGUAAAUGCUGCUCCAAAAUUAUGUGUAUUAACAUCACUGGGCAAUAA